AUUUUUACGAAACCAGAGGGAGCCAAGCUAGGCUUUGAACUAAAAGAGGAUUGAAAGCAAGCAGAGCAGCGGCAUCUAUUGUCUCCCCGCUGGUCGGUCGGAGAAUCACGUCGGCGCGUCGCUCAUUGUCUGGUGAAAUUUCAUCUAUUUACUGGCAACAAAGGAUUCCUUCUUUUGUUUUAUGAGAAUGCAUCAAGAAUAUUAUAUCGUGGGACACAUAACAGACUACUCAGUCCAUGCCGUAGAAUAAUUGGAGUGGAAACAAAAACCAAGUAAGCUCUGCACUCUUAGAGGAGUCUGCCCUCAUCUCCAACGAAAAAGAAGCAAUGUGGAGGCACUAUCACCUGCUAGUUCUGAGGCUAUGUCUUUGAUUAGCAAAUGCUUAACAACUUCUGCUGAACCAUCAUUUUCACUGUCCAUACCGCUUCUGAAUCUGUUGAGAGCGUGCAGAACCGUCAAAAACCUUCAGCAAGUCCACACCCACAUAAUCCAAAAAGGCUACGAGCAAGACCAUUUUAUCAUCAACCAGUUUAUAUCGCUCUGUAACACUUUUUCCUCCGAUAUCUCUUAUGCGACAAGUGUAUUUGAGAGUGUCAUUCAGCCCAACGUUUAUGUCUGGAAUACAUUGAUUAAAGGGUAUAGCAAACAUUCGUCCUUUGCUGAUUGCUUCCUUAUCUUGAAACAAAUGAAAAGAAGUAUGAAUGUGAUACCUGAUAAGUAUACUUUUCCAUCGCUGGUCAAAUCUUGUUCUAGUGCCUUGGCUUUGAGGGAAGGUCAGGCCGUUCAUGGGUUGAUAGUUAGAUAUGGAACUGAUGGUGACGUGUUUGUAGGGUCCAGCUUGAUUGAUCUUUAUGGGAAGUGCAAUCAGAUUGAGUAUGCACGUAGAAUCUUUGAUGAAAUGCCUCUAAGGAAUGAGGUUACAUGGACUGCUAUGGUCGUUGGCUAUAUAUAUUUUGGUGAUUUAUCGCAAGCGAAGAAAUUAUUUGAUGAAAUGCCCCAUAAAAAUAUAGCCUCGUGGAAUGCAAUGAUUAGUGCAUUCGUGAAGUUUGGUGAUUUGCUUAGUGCCAGGAAAUUGUUUGAUAGUAUGCCUGGCAAAGAUGUGGUAUCUUUUACUACUAUGAUUGAUGGUUAUGCUAAGGCUGGUGACAUGGCAUCAGCGAGGUUCCUGUUCGAUCAGUCUUUUGACAGAGAUAUAAUAUCCUGGUCUGCUUUGAUAUCUGGGUACGCUCAGAACGGGCAGCCCAAUGAAGCUCUCAAAAUUUUCCAUGAAAUGUUGUCAAUGAAUGUUAGGCCAGAUGAGUUUAUAAUGGUAAGUUUGAUGUGUGCGUGUUCCCAGUUAGGUCGCCUGGACCUGGCAAAUUGGGUAGAACAUUAUAUGAGCCAGAAUUCAUUUGAUCUUAAUCAAGUGCAUAUAGCUGCAACCCUUGUGGAUAUGAAUGCUAAAUGUGGGAAUAUGGAAAGGGCGACAAUGCUGUUUGAGGGGAUGCCUAAGCGUGAUCUAGUAUCAUACUGUUCAAUGAUACAAGGCCUGUCUAUUCAUGGUUGCGGUUCCCAGGCUGUGGUUUUCUUUGAUAGGAUGUUGAACGAGGGGCUCGUGCCUGAUGAUGUUUCCCUUAAGGUAAUUCUGACUGCUUGUAGUCGUGCAGAACUUGUUAAGGAGGGUUGCCGCAUAUUUAAUCUAAUGAUAAACAAAUAUCCUGUUAAGCCUUCUCCGGAUCAUUAUGCAUGCGUAGUAGACCUUCUUGGAAGAUCAGGAAAACUUAAAGAUGCGUAUGAACUUAUAAGGUCAAUGCCCAUUGAACCUCAUGCUGGUGCCUGGGGUGCACUUCUUGGGGCUUGUAAGCUACACUGUGACAUUGAGGUAGGGAAGAAGGUAUCCCAUAGACUUUUUGAACUUGAGCCUCAAAAUACUGGUAAUUACGUACUUUUGUCAGACAUCUAUGCUGCGGCAAAUCGGUGGUUAGAUGUUGCGUUGUUGCGUCAGAAAAUGAGUGAGAAGGGUCUUAAGAAGAUACCUGGUUGCAGUUGGGUAUAAUGUGAUGGCAAUUUGUGGACACUCGUUGAACAAAGAACUACAUAAGGAAAUCAAAGUGGAAAAUCCCUUGUUGCAUAAGUGGUGAGUUGAACUAAACCAGUUUCCCAUGAGUCAGGCUGCUUACAUGACUGAAAAUUCAAAUUUUUCGCACAUGGAAUUGGAUAGUUUACUAUUACAGAGAGGCUUGAUCACUUUUAUUAGUGGGACAGAUAAGCAUGUAUAUGCAGAUUGAUUUUAAUCCAGUAUAUUGAGAAGAAAAUUUUCGUGAUACUUGAAUUUUGUCUAUUGUGCUGAGCAUCAGACCAUCCACUUCACUAUUGGUUUCAGACAGGGUUUAAAGAGGGAUAUUCCCAUUGAAAGCCAACAUGCUGAGGAAUUGUUGGUCCAGUUAAUCAAUUUUGUGCAAUCAAUGUCCAGUUACCGAAGCACUAGUGGAACAGUUUUUGAUUUGGCUUAUAUCAGCUAUUUAGAAAUUAGAGGAUGAAGCUUUACAGUGCAAGAAGCAGAAAAGAAAGGCCUUUAGUUCAAGAAUGGAUCAACUCAUAAACAGCUCCACUGAAAAAUCGUGGUUUCUAGAUUGACAAUUACAAUUUGAUUGGAUUUGAAUUUCACUUCUGUCCCGUAUAGCAGAAAAGCUAAUUACGAGAGUUCAGAGGCAAUUUUUAUGAUUUUCUGGCUUAAUAUCUGAAGGGGCUAUUUUUCACUUGAUUGUGCACAGCUGGGAUCGGUAGGUCCUUGACGACAAGCUAAUCUACAUCAUUGCUAUCUAUUGCUCUUUCUUCAGUUCCUAACUGUAAGUUAUCUGUGGCUAUGCUGUGUAUUCUGCAAGAAAAUGUUGUAUUGUUUUGAAUGAUUCUAUUCUCAGUGGAGAUGAAGGAGGAUGAAUAUGAUUAGAUUGAACUACCAUAUUAAAAAGAAUCCUUUAAAUUGUAUAAGUAUAUACUUGGGUUUCA